AAUACAUCUCAAAGCAAACUUCUAAGACUUUUCCACUUUCCACCGCAUUCACUUGACCAUCAUCUUUAGGUAAUGCCUAUGUCCUUCAUUUGUCUCUUCCUCAAACCAUCUCCACUUUCUCAUUUCUAUAAUACACUUCAAUUCCCCUCUCUCAAACUUAAUUCAUAAAGAUAGCUAGAUCCUCAACAACAUCCUUGUGUUAAUUAACUCUAUUACGACCAUGGAUUUCAGCUACCAAGAAGAUUCAAAGAGCUCAAGCGAAGAACUCGAUCGCAACGAUGGCGUGGGAACCGGAAGAUCCUAUGAGUGUGUCUUUUGCAAGAGGGGCUUCACCACCGCACAAGCUUUGGGAGGCCACAUGAACAUUCACAGAAAAGAUAGAGCCAACAACAAGAACAAAGCCACUACUUUUCCUCCUCCUAGUUCAAGCAAGAAUAUUGAAGGUGAUCACAACUAUCUAGGGUUCUACUCAGCUAUUAAUUAUCCAAGCCAUCAUAAUUACUUCCCCGCCACUAUUCCAGAUCGUGAAGUAGAUGCUUUGAUCAAUUAUCAUCAAUUAUACUUUCCUUCACACGCUUGUGGUACAAGACCUAAUGAGGUUUUGGGUGUGGAAAAUCGUCACCUCUUGUUUGGACAAGAUUGGAGGACAAAGGGUUUGAGCAUGUACACUAAUAAUCCACUAUGUGUACAUGAAGAUAAAGACAAGAUGGAAAACAAUAGUGAAGAGGAUGAACUAGAUUUGGAGCUUAGACUUUAAAUCAUCCAUUGCACGAGGAAAAAGCGGUGGCUUGGAAAUUGGGAAGCAUUGAGAAGCAAGGUUUCUAUCUUCUUCAAGGAAAAGAAUAAGGUGGGUUGCUUGGGUUUCUGAUGUUAAGGUACUCAGUAUAUACGUUUUCUAGGGAAAAAUAUCUUGUACUAUCUAGGGUUCAAUUCUGCCAUAAGUUUUUGAUUAAUUAGGUGAAUGUUUUGCAACUUUUAUAUUUUUGGUUAAAUUUUAAAUGCAUCUUCCUGCUGGUUGCAAUG